CUGGCUCUAGUUGCUAGCUAAAUAAACAUGUCUCUGCUUUUUCAUCAUCAGAUUGCGAAUUUUUAAUGACACGUAAAGAGACGAAAAGGAAAAAAAUUGAGGAACAUGGCGCCAAUUAUAAGAAUAUUAAUGGAGAUUUGGUGCGCUUUGGCUGCUUUGUUGGCGCUGUGGUGCCUUUUGUGACCGUGUUUACACGCAGCUAGCCCUCCUGUGGGCUAAUGGAAGCUUGCAAGAUGGAGCUUGGAACAAUGUUGUACAACAAUUUAAAAGAUGUUACAUGGAGCACGACGUCCUUGCCGUUAGAUCAACUUGUCAGCGCUUAUCGUUUGCCACAAAUCGUCAAGCUGGACAACGGCCAGCUAGUGGAAGGGCUCAGAGAAAACGACUACCUCUUGAUUCAUUCCUGUCGUCAGUGGACAACCAUCACAGCUCAUAGUUUGGAGGAAGGACACUACGUAAUUGGACCCAAAAUAGAGAUCCCGGUUCACUAUGAGGGUCAGUUUAAGCUGCUGGAGCAGGAUCGAGACGUUAAGGAGCCGAUACAAUACUUCAACAGUGUGGAGGAGGUGGCCAAAGCCUUUCCUGAGAGGGUUUAUGUCAUGGAAGAAAUCACUUUUAAUGUUAAGGUGGCUUCAGGAGAAUGCAAUGAGGACACUGAAGUUUACAAUAUAACAUUAAGCACAGGCGAUGAACUGACACUGAUGGGUCAAGCUGAGAUCCUGUACGCCAAGACCUCAAAAGAAAAAUCAAGAUUCAACACUAUCUUCAAGAAGAUUGGUAAGCUGAACUCCAUCAGCAAGAUGGGUCGUGGCAAGAUGCCCUGCUUGAUCUGCAUGAACCAUCGCACCAACGAGAGCAUCAGCUUACCUUUCCAGUGCAAAGGCCGUUUCAGCACCUGUAGUCCUCUGGAGCUCCAGAUGCAGGAUGGUGAGCACACCAUCCGCAACAUCGUGGAGAAAACCCGACUGCCGGUCAACGUCACAGUGCCCGGAAGUCCGCCUCGCAACCAGCAUGACCUGCACCUCAUCCGGGAGGGCAAUCGCUACAAGUUAGUCAACAUUCAGACCAAGACAGUGGUUGUGUGCCUUGUCUUACGAAGCAACAAAAUUGUCCCCGUCCACUUCCCCUUCAUCACGGCUCUGCCUCGCUUUAUUAUCCCCGAGGAGCUGCUGCAAGGAGAGUUGUGGCUAGACACCAUGGUGCACCGCUGGUUCUCUUUCUGCCAGGAGCAGUUUGACAUUGACGACUAUUCACGUGCUGUCCGUGACGUGCGGACAGACUGGAACGAUGAGGGGAAGAGCCCCAAGAAGCAGAGUGGCGGGAACGGUAAUUGCUGCAGUGGCAGCAUGCAGAUUCCUAGCUCUUUGACAUACGCCCGCGAUGAACUCACACAGUCCUUCCACCGACUGUCGGUAUGCGUUUAUGGUAGCAACCUGCACGGUAACAACGAGGUCAACCUGCAGGGUUGCAUGACCCUCUGUGGCGACUGGGCUCUUUUGCCCUCUGACAGCCUUCCAGCUGACUCGGCAGAAAAUGAACACGUUCCCCCCCAAAUGUUGGACACAAAGCAGCAAGCAUCAAACAAGUCUGACGUUCCUUAUGAGGAGCUGUGGUUGGAUCGCCUCAGAAGCCAAAUCCCACAGUCUUCUUUGACUGAGGGAGUCCGAGCUCUCGACAACGGCUGCUCGACAACGACAACAACUUGCUCUUACCUGGACUUGCCACUCACAAGUCCUCUCGCUCCAGUUCCCGCUCAUGAUGCGUCCCUCACACCGCCGCCUGUCCCACCCAAAUCUGAAGCUGUGAAAGAAGAAUGUCGCCUGUUGAACGCACCUCCAAUUCCUCCACGAAGUCUUAAACAGACGCCAUCAGAGCCUCUCGUGUCCAAGCCUCGCCAGCAGGAGACGCGCUCGCCAAGUCCAACCCUCUCUUAUUACUCGUCUGGGCUCCACAGCAUUGGAGGCUCCGAGCAAGAAGAAGUGUCAGACACACAGGAGAAGAAGAAGAGUGUCUGUUAUCCGUGCAACUGGAAUCACCUCACUAGCACGACCUCUCCGAGCAGGAAGUUGUCCUCCAGGUUGUCUUGGCCAAACAACGUGAGUAGGACAGGGAGUCAGAGUUUGGACAGUUACUACAGUUAUCCCAGGAAGAGAGCCAGCAACACUCAAACUAAUAACUUUGAUGCACGCGGCAGCAAGAGUCUCAGCCUGAGAAGCAAAUCUUCAAGUACCAAUUCUCAAAUGUACAAAGACAUUGAAUGCAACACCAAUCAGAGCCUCUCUUGUCCCAUUUUACCGCCAAGGACUUCAAAGUUGAGAAGUUCAGAGGUCACAUGUGCACCGACUCAUGUCGACCAGCAGGAUGCGUCAAACUCGCAACACACAAUGAGCUCCGCCCACAGCCAGCAGUGGCAGCCCCCACCCAUGCUGGCCGGCCUCUCCAUAGAGGAAGUGUCCAAAUGUUUACGCUUCAUCGGUCUGCCUGAUGACAUCGUCCUCAUUUUCACCCGCGAGAAGAUCGAUGGAAACUUUCUGAUGCAGCUCACUGAAGAAAUUCUCUCGGAGGACUUCAAGCUCAGCAAACUGCAGCUCACGAAACUCCUGCAGUUCAUCCACGGAUGGAGGCCCAAAAUAUGAAAUAUAUCACAUGGAAAAUAUAUACAAGACCCUUAUGCCUUCAGUACAACUACUAAAUACUACAAUAUUUCCCCCCUAUACAUAUACACCAAUAAAUACCACAGUACAUUGGUCAUGUUCAUGUACACAUAUGGAAUACUUCAGUACAACCCCCAUUUUCAUGUAUACGUGAAUACUACGAUACAUCCCCCAUAUUUAUUUACACAAAUAAAUACUACAGCACAUCGCCAUUUUCAUGUACACAUGAAUACUACGAUACAGUCCCCAUAUUUAUUUACACAAAUAAAUACUACAGCACAUCCCCAUUUUCAUGUACACAUAAAUACUACGAUACAGUCCCCAUAUUUAUUUACACAAAUAAAUACUACAGCACAUCCCCAUUUUCAUGUACACAUGAAUACUACGAUACAGUCCCCAUAUUUAUUUACACAAAUAAAUACUACAGCACAUCCCCAUUUUCAUGUACACAUGAAUACUACGAUACAGUCCCCAUAUUUAUUUGCACAAAUAAAUACUACAGUACAACCCCCAUUUUCAUGUACACAUUUGGAAUACUACGAUACAUCCCCAUAUUCAUGUACACAUGAAUACUACGAUACAUCCCCAAUAUUUAUUUACACAAAUACUACAGUACAACCCCCAAAUUCAUGUACACAUAUGGAAUACCACAGUACAACCCCCAUGUACACAGUUGGAAUACUACAAUACAUCCCUAUAUUUAUGUACACAAGAAUACUAUGUUACAUCCCCCAUAUAUAUUUACACAAAAAUACUACAGUACAACCCCCAUUUUCAUGUACACAUAUGGAUCACUACAGUACAACCCCCAUUUUCAUGUACGCAUGAAUACUACGAUACAUCACCCAUAUUUAAUUAAGCUAAUAAAUACCACAGUACAACCUCCAUAUCCAUUUGAUAUUAUAACUCAUUUUACUUUCACUCACUAAAACAGUGACAAGCAUACAGUAGUGUACUUACUACACAUGCAUAUAUAUUAAGUAAUAUACUUGUAUAUGCUGACAGUAUACAAUACUGUACUCAUUAAAUGUGUAUACUUAAACAUAGCUUCCUGCUGGAAUAUAUUGGAUGUAUUGAUUUUGGAGACAGCGCCCUCUCCUGCAUUCAUAUCUGCAACACACUUCCCCCUGCAGAUAGCGCCAUCACACUACGUUUUAUUCUAGUUACCAUAAAAAGCAGAUUAAAGAAAAAUAUGUAAUGUACAUACUGUACACAUACUUCUUACACUGCUUUAUUUGCACAGCCCAUGAAAAAUUAUUUAGCACUUUUUUUAAUGUCAGCUUCACAUUUAAGCCAACAAGAACAAAGCAGAUUAUUUAAAUUUAUAACACAUCAAUAUUACAUGUCAUCCUCAAAGUAUUUGUUUCACCUUAUAAUAACUUACUGAUGUACAGUACUUGUGUUGCUAUGGUAACGCUGAUAUCAACAUGAUCCAGACAGCGUAAACUCAACCAAAGCGAUUUGAUCAAACGAGAAAAUAAUUCCAAACACUUCAAAAUGUCAGUCAGAGAGCAUCAAAUGUAAGAAACAAUGUCAUAAAAGUAAACAUUAAUGUAACACAGCAUUUGAAUUAGCAUUUGAAAAGCUAACACUUAACGGUACAGUUAUUAUUGCUCUAUUCCUAAAACUGACUGAACAAACAUCUUAACCACGAGUAAUGCAUAUCUGUAUAUAUGUAUAUAUAUAUAUAUAUAUAUAUAUAUAUAUAUAUAUAUAUAUACAAAUAUUACUAAAUAUAUAUAGAUAUAUACAUACAGUGCCUCACUUUUUCCACAUUUUGUUAUGUUACAGCCUUAAGCCAAAAUGGAAUAAAUGUGUUUUUGUUUUUGGAAAUUUAUAAAAUGUUAUGUAAAACAGCCUUUGCUCAAUACUUUGUUGAUGCACCUUUGGCAGCAAUUACAGCUUCAAGUGUUUUGAAUACGAUGCCACAAGCUUGGCACACCUAUCUUUGGGCCCAUUCCUCUUUGCAGCACCUCUCAAGCUCCAUCAGGAUGGAUGUGAAGCCAUUUUCAGAUCUCUCCAGAGAUGUUCACUUAGAUUCAAUUCUGGGCUCUGGCUGGACCACUCAAGAACAUUUACAGAGUUGUCCUGAAACCAUUCCUUUAAUAUCUUGGCUGUGUGCUUCGGGUCGUUGUCCUGCUGAAAGAUGAACGCAGUCUGACUUCAAGAGCGCUCUGGAGCAGGUUUUCAUCCAAGAUGUCUCUGUACAUUGAGGCGGCGUGGCUCGUUAGGUAGAGCGGCCGUGCCAGCAACUUGAGGGUUUCAGGUUUGAUCCCCGCUUCCGCCAUCCUCGUCACUGCCGUUGUGUCCUUGGGCAAGAUACUUUACCCACCUGCUCCUAGUGCCACCCACACUGGUUGAAAUGUAACUUCGAUAAUGGGUUUCAUUAUGUAAAGCGCUUUGGUCACUAAGGAGAAGCACUAUACAAAUAUAAUACACUUCACUGACGAGUCUCCCAGUUACUGAUGCUGAAAAACCUUCCCACAGCAUGAUGCUGCCACCACCAUUCUCCAAACAUGAUCCCUGGCAUUCGAGCCAGAGAGUUCAAACUUUGUCUCAUAAGACCAGAGAAUUUUGUGGAGCAGAAGGGCCAAAAGCUCGCUUGAUCUUGAUUUUCAAUACGAGUACAGACCGUGAAAGCUUCUGUCUUUUUGGGUUUCAAGCAGGACGUGUUAUCACAGGGAUAAACUGACGUGUGGCCGCCAAGCGUUCCUAGCGAAGUCGCUUUUAGAUCCUACAAUGUCGGUCGGCUCUUCCUAUCAUUGUGAAGCAGAAUUCACCGAGCGUUGGAUUGUUUUCCCACUAAGAGGGAACGUGAGCUGGGAUUAGACCAGACCUGGGCAAAUUAAGGUCCGUUAAAUUUUUCAAUCUGGCCCGCCGGACAUUCCCAAAUAAUUUCUUUAGAUCUUUAAGAUGUAAACUGUAGCCGCCAUUAUGAUGUGCAGUGAUGUUUUCAAAUGACCGUAAGUCUUGAACUAUACAAAGUAUUUCAAUGGCUGGAAUCUCCGCUUUUGCAUGAAAUACUAGUUACUAUGGUAAUCUAAUUAGUUACUAUGGUAAUCUAAGUCACAGCAGCUCAGACGAGGCACCAAUCAAUGUGGGUGGGGUGCGUUUCCACAGAGUGUUUCCAGAGCGGCCAGCCUGAAAUUCGGGUGUUAGGGACAGACGCGGAAGGAGAUUUUGCAAACAAAGUUCUAAAGCUUAGUGAUGUAUCAGAUUGUAGGUGGGUUUUUUUUUACCCUUUGCGUUCAUAUUUCACUGUUUGUUGCGUUUCACUUAAUUGUAAAAUAUGUUGAUCGAGAGGGGCUGUGACGUUAUCAAUAUUCAGUGUUUUAUCGGUCGUAGUUAAUACUGUAAAUCUCACAUUCUUUAUUUUCAUGUACAUUCUGGGUGUCUCAUUCAGUAAAAAAAAAAAUUUAAAUUCCUUUCCGUUUUUUAAGGCGGUCUGUCAUAACUUUUUUAGCAUUCAGACAUUAUUUUGAGUUUUUGUAUGUGUUCUUAAAAAUAGAUAUACCGGCCCCCAGACACAUUUUUUUUUAUAAAUUUGGCCCUCGGAGGCAAAAUAAUUGCCCAGGCCUGGAUUAAACCAUCGCGAGACAGGUUAGUUUUACCCUACUGAUAAUGUGUUGUUGCAAUAGUAAUCUUUCAAGUGCAUUAUGCAAAAAAAAAAAACAUUUCAAAGAAAUGGCUUCCAUCAGGCCAUUCUACCAUUCAGGACUGAUUGGUGGAUUGCAGCAGAGAUGGUUUUCUUUCUGGAAGGUUCAUAUGACUUCAUUGGGACCUUCAAGGCAGCAGAUGUUUGUCUGUACCCUUCAACACAUUUGUGCCUGGAGACAAUCCUGCCUUGGAGGUCUACAGACCAUUCCUUUGACUUCAUGCUUGGUUUGUGCUCUGCCAGGCACUGUCAAGUGUGGGACUUUAUAUACCGAGAAGUGUGUACCUUUCCAAAUCAUGUCCAACAAACUGAAUUCACCACAGGUGGACUCCAGUUAAGAUGUAGGAACAUCUCAAGGAUGAUCAGUUGAAACAGGAUCCACCCGAGCUCACUUUUGAGCUUCAUGGCAAAGGCUGUGAUUACAUGUGAUUUCUUAGUUUUUUAAAUUUUUAUUAAAUUUUCAAAAAUCUCUGAGAAUGUUUUUUUUUUAGACUACGGCUAUAAAAUAACAAAAUGUGAAAAAAAUUAAGCGCUGUGAAUACUUUCCAGAUGCACUGUAUAUAUGAAUUUACACAUACAGUAAAUAUAUACAAACUAGUAAAAAUAAGUACAGUAUAAAGAUGUGUAAUGUACAUGAAAUACAAUCAAAAGGAUUACUGGAACAACAAAUGCAGUUAUUUUUUAAAAACUAAAAAGUUGAAUCAUGUUUUAUUUUCACCAGUUUAUUAAAAUACUGCCAUCAAACUAGUUGUGCCUUUUAUUCAUAACUUUGACCAAACAUCAACUUACUAGUCGCUUUAUUUCAUAAAGACUACAAAAUUAUUCUAACGACAUUUUAAAAUUACUUUCAUAUUGAAGUACAUGCUUUGUGAUAUCUUGGAGUAUUAUAUACAAAAUAUACAAAUGAUGAGACAAUAAAAGUCGUAAUAUUGCAAGAAAAAAGUAUUUUCUGAAUUGAGAAAAAGUGCAAUUCUAAGAAAAAAGUAAUAUUUAAAAAGUAAAAUUACAAAAAUAAUAUGUCCUUAUCUUUAUGCAGGUACACAUUUUUAUACAUAAAUACAUCAUUUUUCCCCCCUUUUAAUCUUUUUGUAAUAUUCAGAAUUCUUAUUCUACGGAAUUCAACUUUCUCGACUUUCAUCAUAAAAUGUCGACCUUUUUCUUGUAUUAAUUAUUCAUUAUUCCUUGUUAAUUAAGAACUUUAUUCUGGUUAAUGGUAACUUUCUUGUGAUAUUUCAAUAAUUUGAUUGAGGUUCUAAUACUCCUUUGAUAUUUAGCUGCACGGUAAAGCUAUCGUGUGAGUAUUUUUUUUGUUCUGUAUAUUUGUGCACUUUGUUGCGUCUUCAACUAUGCAGUGGUCUUGUCGUGCAUAAAAAAUACUUUUAUAGCAAAACUUUUCUCCCUUUCUCCGAACGUUACAUAUUUUCCUAAUAUGCAAAUGUAUUUUUAACAAAAUAAUUACUUAUGUCAUAUAUUUUUGUAAUUGCUAAAAGCUCUUUUUUUUUUUUUCAAAAAUGAUUUUACUUUGAAAGUGUUUGUAAAAUAUAAAGUCAUUUUCACCAAAUGAUUGUUUAGAAAAGUCAGGCUUGAUUUUCUUCGUGUGUUUUUGAAUUGAGGUCACGUGACGCUUGAUGUUUAUGCAAGAACAACAAAGCAGAAUACUUUAUCUUUCCGAUAUGCAAAUGUAUGUAUUUACUGUAUAUAUUAAAGAAUGUACAUGCCAAAGAAAUUUA